ACCGUGACCACCAACAUCCUGCAUAUUCAUUCGCGUCCUUCGACGUCGGGAAUGCUUUCAGACUAGGGAGCAAUGCGAGGUGGCUAUCAUAUUCGCAUAUCUCUUGAGAAACAAGCUGCUUCAACUUCUGCAUCGACAUCGACUUCAUAUAACCAACGAUCGGGAUCUAUAAGCGACCAAUUCGUUCCAACUUCACUGUUCGAGCCGCUUCCCUCUCACCCUCCUAGAACUACCGCACGUCGAAAUACCGUGCAUCAUCCUAACCAAGGACCUGAAAGCAGUCGAGACAUCGGUAAAUCCCCAGAACGCUUGGAUUUCCGGCUUGGACCACUUCGAGUAGAUUGGGUGGACUUUGAAGAGCCUCUACCGAUGGAAAGUCCGGUGACUAAGAAGAACACUGUCGGCAAAGAAAGAGAGGGGAAAGCAAGAGGUGGACCCGCCACAGCCAGCUUCAUACCUUCUCGAAGCAAAUCAGGUUCUACCAACCUCCCAGAAGGCAUUGUACAUAUCUACCGUGAACCUCCAACAUCUACCUAUGCCAAGGCUGCUUCAGGAUCAGCUUCGCCACCUCUACCUCCGCCCGUAGCCAUCCCUGGAAAGUCGACCGAAUCUGCCGAGCCGGACGGUGUUCUUAUGGGUGUGCUCGCUGUGCCCUCUUGGAUGACACCGUCGGACUUUUUGACCUUUGUGGCGCCGGCAGCAGAGGGCAUGGCUCAUCUUCGAAUGAUUCGUGACUCUGCACCGAACCGCUCACUUGUUGUUAUCAACUUUCGCAAUGAAGCUGAUGCCACUGAAUUCGCAGAGGCAUAUAACGGAAAGGCCUUCAAUUCCAUGGAGCCCGAGAUAUGCCAUGUCGUGCGCAUUCUUUCAGUGACCAUCGAUGAAGCCGAGUCAGCCGGCCAAUCCGUCACGCAGCUAGGUCUACCAGGGACGUCCUAUGAAUUGCCUACUUGCCCAGUAUGUCUGGAGCGUAUGGAUUCUGCAUUGACGGGGCUUGUCACCGUUCCAUGUUCACAUACCUUUCACUGUACUUGUCUCAGUAAAUGGGGCGAUAGCCGAUGUCCUGUAUGUCGAUACUCCCAAACCCUCCUUUCUUCACACCCGUCUUCUGCGAAUUCUCGAUCAUCAGUGCCCAUACCUUUCUCAACACCACCUUCGUCGCAAUGUGUCGAUUGCCCACCCGAUUCACCCUCGAUCUCUAACCUCUGGAUAUGUCUUAUAUGCGGUAACAUUGGUUGCGGCCGAUAUGGCAGAGCACAUGCCCAGGCCCACUACCAACGGACGACCCAUCUCUACGCUCUCGAGCUGGAAACUCAACGAGUUUGGGAUUACGCAGGCGAUGGCUACGUCCAUCGGCUAAUUCAGAACAAAGCUGACGGCAAACUCGUUGAACUUCCUUCCGCAGCUUCAGCUUUGACUAUGGGCGCAAGCGGACGAAGCGACGGCGGAGGCCCAAGCGCCGCAGACGCUUUGAGUGCGGAAAAGAUUGAAGCGAUCGGGAUCGAGUACUCGUAUCUGCUUACUUCGCAAUUGGAUUCCCAACGAACGUUCUAUGAGGAACAAACAACAGAACUUCGCACGCAAUUGACCGAACUUCGCAACAUUGUUGAAACAUUGAAGACGGAAGUCGACGGCGCGAAGCAUCGUGCAAAGGACCAGGAAGACAAGCUCAAGAAGGAGGAAGAGGAACGGAUUGCUGAGAUUGAUCGGGCAAGGAUCAAGGCAGAGAAACGUGCUGAAAAGGCUAAUGGGCUUGCUCGCGCGCUCGAAAAUGAGUUGAAGAGUGAAAGAGCCUUAAGUCAAGGCCUAGUGAAGAAUCUUACCGCGUUAAAGGAGCGCGCAGAAAAGAUGCAAGGAGAGAAGGAGGAACUGAAUUGCAAGGUGACUGAGCUGGAGGAUCAAGUUCGCGACAUCAUGUUCUUCGUUGAAGCCCGCGGAAAACUCCAAGAGACAGAGGCAGCAGGGGGAUCUCUUGAGGUUUCGACGCCUCCGCCAGCAAAGGACAAGAAAAAGAAAGUGUUGUGAAAUAUGUAGCGCUCGAUCUCUUACAAUUGCUUAAUAUUAAUCUUCGGUCCAUCUAUCGGCUCUGGACAUGUUUGCAAAUGACUUUAGGCUGUGGAUUUCCAUUCGUAGGCCUUGUAUUUGAAAAUUUGGCAUUUUGGCAGCUCUAUAGCUUCUUUUCAUCGCGACGUUCAGCUAAGCAAUUCGGUUCCUAUUCCAUCGUCUUUCUUUCCCUCUUCCCCUCUUCCCCUCAUGCCUUCCGCUUUGCUCGUUGCCGUCAUCGUUGUCGCGUUGGCAUUCGCACUGAAGAGAUUAUAUGCAUCGCAAGACCAAACUUCACCUACUC